CUUAACUUAACGUUGCAAUUUGCCUUGGAAAAACGUGUCACUUGAAUGAGGAAUUUCAACAGCCAGCAACGGUGUGUUUCCAUUGCUUAGCUGACACCUUACCUAAGCACCGUACACGGUAUUAUUAUGUGUAAUUCGUACUGAUGGCGCGUACUCUGGCGCCACAGCACGCUGAUCAGCGCGGGGCUGGAACCAGCAAGCUGAAGGCUUCAGGCCACAAGGUUCUGUCCUCGCCCGCCAGGAUACGUGCCGCUUCGGGCGGUGUUGUUUCCAAACUUUCACAAUCGCCGGUCUUGCUGCUCCAUUCCGCCAUUCGCGCCCGCUCCUUCAAGCUUCACGCCGCACCACAAGCUGUGCGCUCGGGUCGCCGUCGCGCGUUGCCAUGGCAGCGGGAGGGCACGCGAGCGGACCCGUUGCCGGGAGCGACCGGCAGGAAGUAGCCGCCGAGUCGAGGCAAGAUCAGCGCUCGAGACGGUCUGCUGAGCGCGCGCGCACGCGCGCGAGGAAACGACCGGGGGGAAAAACUUCGCAGGGAAGAGCGACAAGUUCUGAGACGCCCGGGACCUGCUUUCAGGAACUUAUCCACCCGUACCGCUGAAAGGAGAAACGGGAGCUUCAAGCAAAAGGACAUUUCAACAGCAGGGUGGGGCCAGUGCCAUGUGGCGGUGACAUCCUGCAGAGCCUUGCGAGCCUCCUGCUGGACAUGGAGCUCAAGGUGUGGGUGGAUGGAGUGGUGCGGGUGGUGUGUGGCCUCUCUGAAGAGACAUCCUGCCAGGAUGUGGUCAUCGCUCUCGCCCAAGCCAUUGGGCAGACGGGGCGGUAUGUUCUGAUCCAGAAGCUGCGGGACACAGAACGACAGCUACUGGCUGAUGAGAGGCCUCUAGAGUCGCUGGUGAAGCUUGGGCAGCAGGGUAAUGAAGUGCAAUUCUUCCUGCGGCGCACCGGGCCCAGCAGCAGCGAGGCGCUCAACACGGAACGAGGGCCUGUCCUGCCCAGACCCUCUGAGCCGGAGCCUCCCAAGCGUCGAGAGCCCAGAAAAGCCCACACCUUUAACCUGGGCCCCUCCAGCUCACCCCAAAGCAAAGUGAAGAAUUUUAAAAAGUCACCCCGAGACUCAUCUGAGAUGAGGGCUUCGCCCUGUCUGCCAGGCCCCACUCCCGGGCCUGCCUUCUCGGCAGGUUUAUCCAAAGAGGACUUGUUCCGGCUCAUCCUGCAGCAGCAGGAACAGCUGCGUGAGCUGGAGAUGCAGCUAACAACAGUGGAGGGAGAAGUGUUGGUGUGGGAGCGUCCCCCUGGGCCAGAUCCUCGCUUGCAGGAGGAGCUGGACCGGCUGGAGCAGGUGGUGCGGAAGAACCACGCCGAACUGGGCCGCGAGGCCGCUUUGGAGGAGGAACUCCGUGCAGAGGGGGAACGCGAACGAGGGCUGCGGCGACACCUGGCCGAGUUGCGCACGUCUAUGGACGACUGCAACCGGCGGCUGCACGACUGCGCCACCCGCUCUGCCCACCUGGAGCGCGAGAUCCAACAGGAGAGCCGUCGGACCAAGUCCCGACCCGGUCCAGCUCAGGCCGGCCCCGAGGAGUCCCUCGGUAUGGUGAGAGCCAAGCUUCAGAGUCAGCAACGGCAAGGGGCCGAGCUGGAGGCUUCGCUGUCCGAGACGGAGCAGGCGUUGGGCAAAGCCGACGCGCUGCUUAAGGAGAGGAAUGAAGAGAUGGACGAACUGAACAAGGAGAUCCGUCAGUGUAACCUUCAGCAGUUCAUCCAGCAGACGGGUGUGCCCCCUGUGCCGUCGUCUUCGCACCCGGAGCAGCUGGAGGGCUAUAGCAACAGUGCAGGCCCUGUCCAGUACACCACAGAGUCGCCACCCCGUCCAACGGCCAAGCACUUUCUGGGGAACCCCCGCAACCUGCAGAACCCCCUCGUGUCCAGCCUCAACCCAGAGGUCCUGACAUCCAGAGAGUCGUCAUGGAGAUAAAACAGGGACCACAGGCCCAAGGACCACUGUACAGUUUAUUUCACCAUAUACUAUUCAAACCAUGCCCUUCUAACUAUUACCAUUAUUGUAAUUUUUAUGUGUACACAUAUAUAUUUGCAAAUUUUUCUACAUUGUGGAGUAUGUAUUUACUGUAAAAUAUUGUAUUAAAACAUUUACAAAAAUGACUGUAUAUAUAAAUAUAAUAAAGAUGACUGUCUUUUAGACAUA